AGUCGUCCGGAUGCAGAGAGACUAAAAGGCAGAGGAAGAGUUAGCUUCUCGCACGAUCACACAAUCCAAAUUAAACCUGCAAGCACGUCUCGAUCUCGAUCGAAUUCUUGGAAAAUAAUUGAAAAUUGAUUGAAGUCGCACUAUUUAUAUGCUCAAAAUUCAAAGGGAGGCGCAAUCUCGUCGAUCCUUCAGGCAAGAGAACGAUGGCUUUAGUCGUCUUCCUCCUUCUCCUCCUCGGCACGGCUGCCGUCUCCUCGGCCCUGAGCAUCCCCGGCAUAUCUAUACCUUUCCUCCCCUCCGACGGCUGGAGCAACGCUCACGCCACCUUCUACGGCGACGAGACGGCGUCGGAGACGAUGGGCGGAGCUUGCGGGUACGGUAACCUGUUCGCCACCGGGUACGGGACGGCCACGGCGGCGCUGAGCACGGUGCUGUACUUGGCGGGGUUCUCCUGCGGGAGGUGCUUCCAGAUCCGGUGCUCUGGGUCGGCGUACUGCAACACCGGCUCCCCGAGCAUCACCGUCACCGCCACCAACCUCUGCCCGCCCAACCUGGCCCUGCCCACCAACAACGGCGGCUGGUGCAACCCUCCCAGAGCCCACUUCGACAUGUCGAAGCCGGCCUUCAUGAAGAUCGCCUACUGGCGGGCCGGCAUCGUCCCCGUCAUGUACCGGAGGGUGGCGUGCUCGAGGAGAGGAGGGGUGCGGUUCUUGCUGCAGGGGAACGGCUACUGGCUGCUGGCUUUCGUGAUGAACGUCGGAGCGUCGGGCGACGUCGGGAGCCUCUGGGUGAAGGGCAGCAAGACGGACUGGAUCAAGAUGAGCCACAGCUGGGGGGCUUCCUUCCAGGCCUUCUCCCGGCUCUCCGGCCAGUCGCUGUCGUUCAAGGUCGUCUCCUACACCACCGGGCAGACCAUCUUGGCCAACAACGUGGCUCCGACCAACUGGUGGGCCGGCAUGACGUACCAGGCGCAAGUCAACUUCACGUGAUCGCCGGCGACGACGAUCGGAAAACUUCAAUAGCGCCGUUUAACUACUGUUGUUCCAUGUAAAUCACUAUGCACGGUUGCUGUGUUCUGUAUAAUUAGUUGCCUUCUAUUUUGUAAUCAAUUUCUCUUGAAAGAGAUUUGUAAUCAAUUUCUCUUGAAAGAGAUUUGUAAUCAAUUUCCGUUUAAUUAUUUUGAAAUACA